AUGUUAGGGGGGGGUUUUUUGGGGGGGGGGGGGAGUGGGGUUUUGUAUUGUUUUUAUUGGGGGGUUUUGGGGGGGGUGGUGUUUGUUUUGUGGGUGGGGGUUGUUGUGAGGUUGUUGGUGUUGGGGGGGGUUGGGGGGGUGGGUUUUUUUUAUGGGUUGGGGGGGUGGGGGUUGUUGGUGAUUUGGGGGGUGGGGGGGGUGGGGUGUAUGGGGGUUGGGGUUUGGGUGUGUGGGUUGUGUGGGGGUUUUUUUUGGGUGGGGUUGUUUGUUGGGGGGGGGUUUGUGUUGUGGGUUGUUGUGGGGGGGUUGGGGGGGGUUUUUGUUAGUGUUGGGGUGUGUUUGGGGGUUGGGGGGGGGGGGGUUGGUUGUGUUGGGUUUUGUUGGGUUGGGUUUUUUUGUUGUUGGGUGUUUGUUUUGGUGUAUUUGGUUGUGUGGGUGGGGAUGGGUGUUUGGUGGGGGUUUUGGGGGGGUUGGGUUUUUGGGGUUGUGUUGUGUUUUUUGGUUUGGGUGGGUUGUUUUGGGUUUGGGGGUUGUUGUGUUUGGGUAGGGGGGGGUUUGGUUUUAUUGUUGUUGUGUGGGGGGGUGUGGGGGGGGUGUUGUUUGGGGUGGGGGGGUUUUGGGUGGGGGGGUUGUGUGGUGGUUGGGUUUGGGGUGUGUGGGGUGUGUUUGUUUGUUUGGGGGGGGGGGGGGUUUGUGGGGGGGGGGUGGUGGGGUGUGUGGGGGGUUGUGGGGGUUUUGUUGUUGUGGGGGGGUUGGGUGUGGGUGGUGUGUGGGUUGGGUUUGGGGGGUGUGUUGGGGGGGUUGGGGGUUGGGGUGUUGUUGUUGGGGUUUGGGGGGGGUAGGGAUGUUGUUAUAUAUGGGUUGAAGGGGGUUUUGUUUUGUGUGAAGUUGGGUGUGGUGGGUAAGGGAGGAGGGAAAAUAUGGGAGGAGAUAAAAGGAUGGGGGGAAGAGGGGGGGGGUUGUGAAGAUAUAGGAGAUGAAUAUAAGGAAGGGUGUGGGAUGAGUUGGGGAGUGGGGGGGGGUGUUUUGAAGAAGGGGGGGGAAUGGUUGUGUUUUUGUGGUUGGGAAAAGGGAAGUAAUGGUGAAAGGGGUAUUGGGGUUGUGAGGGGGGUGGGUGUGAGGGGGGAUGAAGGUAUGUUAGUGGGGGGGGUGUUUAUGUGUGGGGUUGGGGGGGGGAUGGAAUUUUGGGUGGGGUUGGGUUGUGGGGGGAGGGGUGGGGGGGGGGAUUUUGGAUGGAGGGGAGGAAGGGGUGGGAUAGGGUUUUGGGGGUUGUUAGGGAUUGUUGUGUGGGGAGGAGGAUUGUGGAAGGGGUAUUAA